GAGAGAGAGAGAGAGAGAGAGAGAGAGAGUUAGGUUUUUGUUUUAGUUUUUGUUUUUGUUUUUUAAUUUGGGGAGUUCGUUCGUCGAAACCCGCCCGCGUUAUUUUUUGAGAGAGCUUCUCUGCGUCGUCUCUCUCUUUCUCGCAAAUCAAAAACCUCAACUUUCGAGAAACUUCAAUCUCCAGAAACAUUCUUCUCUUUUACCCGUAAUCUCUUUUCUUUUUUUUAUUUUUUUUGUUAAUCUUCUCCUUCAUUGGCUAUUUUUGUUUCUCCAGGGGAAUUACAUCUAAUAAUAAGUCCAAUGCGUUUAUAUGAGCACAAAUCUCUGGUCUCUGUUUGAUUUUGUAGCCUGAAUGAAGCCUGAAGAUGUUUGUUGGAGGCUUGAUGAUGAUGAACAAAAUUGGUUUUGGGUAUAAUAAAUCUCCAUAACCUGUUUGCUAUAUUUCCUCAAAGAACGUUAAGAGAAUACAAAAUCCUGGAUUUUUUUGUUUUGUUUUGAGAUUGGGGAGUUAAAAGAAUACAACUUUGGUUCCUCAUAAGAGAUUGUGUAGAAGAAAAAAAGAAGGAUUUUGGUAUACUUUUUUCUCUUUUUCCUUUGUUUUGGUUCUUGAGAGAACAUGAGAAUGGAGUUUCCUGGCAGCUCCAAUCAGCAGCAUUUAGGUAGGGAUAGGUUCAAUGGGGAACUCGGUUGUGGUAAUAACACUCAUGAAGACAAUAUCUGUGCUCAGACAGGGGAGGAAUUUUCAAAUGAGUUUUUGAGGGAUUUUGGUGCUCAACGAAGGGUACAAGGUGGUGGUGGUGUUCUUAGUAGAAAUGUUGAAGGUAAUCGCCAUCUCGUUUAUGAGGAUUUCAACAGAAUUCUUGGGCUUCAGAGAGUUGAGUCCAACAUGUCUGAAGGUAUGAAUCCCUACUUAGCUGAAUCAAAUGUUUCAGACUCACCUCGGAAGAUGAUUCAUACUGCAACAUCAGAUGUUCCUUUUCCGGAAAUAUUGAAGCUUCUUUGUAGUUUCGGGGGAAGGAUCUUACAGCGACCAGGUGACGGCAAGCUUAGAUACAGUGGAGGAGAGACUCGGAUUGUGUCUAUACGGAAACAUGUUGGAUUAAAAGAGUUGAUGCACAAGACUUAUGCUUUGUGCAACCAUCCCCAUACAAUCAAGUAUCAGUUACCGGGAGAAGACCUUGAUGCCUUAAUCUCGGUUUGCUCAGAUGAGGAUCUUCUUCAUAUGAUUGAAGAGUAUCAAGAAGCUGAAACAAAGGGUGGAUCUCAGAGGAUAAGGGUCUUCCUUGUAUCUUCAUCAGGAUCAUCAGAGAGUCCUAAAAUCUACAAUGAAAGAAAUAUAAACAUAAACCGUAACACGCACCAGCAGAUGGAUAUUGACCAUUAUCAGUAUGUUUCCGCUCUUAACGGUGUAGUGGAUGUGAGUCCUCAAAAGAGUUCCAGCGGGCAAAGUGGGACAAGUCAGACUACACAAUUUGGGAAUGCUUCAGAGUUUAGCCCUACAUUUCAUCUCCGAGACUCGCCUACUUCUGUUCAUACAUGGGAACACAAAGACUGCAACAGUCCAACCUUCAUGAAACCAUAUGCCAACACGAAUGCUGUUCACUUUUUGCCGAAGAUUCCGGGGAACUCAUUUGGUCAACAAUCUCCUCCAUCAUCUCCUUUCUCAGUUCACAAGAGAGCAAACACGGACGUUCCUUACUUUGUUGACCAAAAUUNCUUCAUCAGGAUCAUCAGAGACGGGCAAAGUGGGACAAGUCAGACUACACAAUUUGGGAAUGCUUCAGAGUUUAGCCCUACAUUUCAUCUCCGAGACUCGCCUACUUCUGUUCAUACAUGGGAACACAAAGACUGCAACAGUCCAACCUUCAUGAAACCAUAUGCCAACACGAAUGCUGUUCACUUUUUGCCGAAGAUUCCGGGGAACUCAUUUGGUCAACAAUCUCCUCCAUCAUCUCCUUUCUCAGUUCACAAGAGAGCAAACACGGACGUUCCUUACUUUGUUGACCAAAAUUGUUUCUUUGAUACUUACUUGGUUUCUCCAAAAUUCCCACAGCAACAUAGAUUCUUGUUUGAGACUACUGCACAAAUGCAGAAGCAUCCAGAAAUGAAUCUUCAUGACCGGAGGCCAAGCGAAGAUAUAUACCCCCAUGGUCAAGGUUAUAUUGGAGCCGAGAAAGUGAGGCUUAAGAAAAACGCUCUCUCUGAUCCGCAGCUGCAUGAUGAGAGCCAAAUCAAAAAUGGCUUCUCUUUAUCAGUUAACACCAACGAAAAUCAUCUUGACUGUUCGAAAGACAAAUUUAAUGGUCUCCAGCAAGACAUAUCACUAGAUAUUCUCAUCAGAAGCCACACUUCAGCUACAGAUCAAUUAUGUAGUACAACCAAAUCAAUCGAUCAAGUAGAUUCCUCUUCACCCAAUACAGAUUUCCCGGUGGAAUAUCUGAGACGUGAUUUGGAGACAAAAUGUGAUGAUAUAGAAACAGAGAAUUCUCUUUCAAGAGAAGAGAGUAUUCACUACAGUGGAUUUCCUCUUAGGAAGGUGGGAAGUAGAGAAGCUGCUUUUAUGCAUACGCAAGACUCACAUGAUUUCUUCAAAAACAAAGUGCUUGGUCCACAGUUGAUAGUUGAGGAUGUGACUGACGAAGUAACUUCAGAUGCUCUCUUGUCAGCUACUAUUGUCCCUCAUGUACAUAGUGAGUCAGAUGAUGAUCACAAAUCCUACACAGGGGAGAAAGAGAUUACAGAUGCUGGUCAUGAAUCUGCAAUGGAGGAAAAGUAUAAGAAAAGCAUAAACACCUCUGAUUCGUUUAGUGAAGCUGCGAUGGUUGAAAUUGAAGCUGGAAUCUAUGGCUUACAGAUAAUCAAAAACACUGAUCUUGAAGACUUACACGAGCUAGGAUCUGGUACAUUUGGAACGGUAUACUAUGGGAAGUGGAGAGGAACUGAUGUUGCUAUCAAGAGGAUAAAGAAUAGUUGUUUCUCUGGUGGGUCAUCUGAGCAAGCACGACAGACUAAAGAUUUCUGGAGAGAAGCUCGGAUAUUGGCGAAUCUCCACCAUCCUAACGUGGUGGCCUUUUAUGGAGUUGUACCAGAUGGACCUGGUGCAACAAUGGCAACAGUGACUGAAUAUAUGGUGAACGGAUCUUUGAGACAUGUCUUGCAGAGAAAAGACAGAGUACUUGAUAGGCGCAAAAAACUGAUGAUAACUCUUGAUGCUGCAUUUGGCAUGGAGUACCUACAUAUGAAAAAUAUUGUUCAUUUUGAUCUUAAAUGCGAUAACUUGCUUGUAAACUUGAGGGAUCCACAACGACCUAUUUGCAAGGUUGGAGAUUUCGGAUUAUCAAGAAUCAAACGAAACACGCUUGUCUCUGGUGGAGUAAGAGGAACCCUUCCAUGGAUGGCACCAGAGCUGCUAAAUGGAAGCAGUAACCGUGUCUCAGAGAAAGUAGAUGUUUUCUCAUUUGGUAUCGUGCUGUGGGAAAUCUUGACAGGCGAAGAACCAUACGCGAAUAUGCAUUGCGGUGCCAUCAUCGGUGGAAUUGUGAACAAUACGUUGAGACCACCUGUGCCAGAACGAUGUGAAGCAGAGUGGAGGAAGUUGAUGGAGCAAUGCUGGUCAUUCGAUCCAGGCGUGCGACCAUCGUUCACGGAGAUUGUUGACCGGCUUCGCACAAUGACUGUUGCCUUACAAGCCAAGCGACGAACCUAAAAGCCCUCUCCAAUCAAACGUAAGUUGUGAGAUACUACUACUGUACAUGAGUCUUCAUUUUUGGGUUGGUUUUAAAAUUUAUAUUGGCUGAAAGAAAGUGACAAGAAGAUGGGGGAAAUAUAGAUUUGUGAGAGAUGUGCAGAGUUUGUAAAUUAGUAUUGGGGGAAUUUACCGGUUUAGGUAAAAGUUGUAUACCAAGAAAGUUGAGGUUCUAAUUCUAUUGUGUAAAAACAGAAUUGUCAUUUUUCUGUAAGGAAUAUGUUUCCUCCAUCUAAAGAAAUUAACUUCUUAUCGGUUUAGGUUUCAGAGUUCUUUAUUAAAAACAAAAACCACAAAAUAAAUGUUUAGUAACUGAGUUUUGGUUCAGCAGAAUCUGGAACCUUCACACCAAACUUUCAAAAUAAAAUUUCUCAAACAUCUUAACUCCAAAAAAAAACCAUCAUAAGGUUUGUUGUUUAAACGAUUACACUGGAAAGCUAUAAUAAUCCAUAACUGUGCGAAAAGCCACAAUAGAUGCAUAA